AUGUUGGUCCAGUCUCUUCUUCUACCAGUACUGGCCUCCUGCGUCACUGCAGUGAGGGUCUCGGUUGCCCAAUCUGGUGGCAAUGUCACCACUAAUCUGCAGUACGGUGCUAUGGAAGAGGAAAUCAACCACUGCGGUGAAGGUGGUCUCUAUGCCGAAUUGAUCCGCAACCGAGCUUUCCAGGGCAGCUCGAUGUUCCCUUCCACGGUGGACGCGUGGUCGGCAGUUGGCGGUGCCGGCCUAUUGCUUCAAAACCUGUCCAACCCGUUAUCCUCCGCCUUGCCGACAUCAGUUCGUGUCCAGGGAAAGGGCACUGUAGGACUGGCGAACUCGGGGUUCUGGGGGAUUGAUGUACGGCCUCAAAAGUACUCUGGAUCAUUCUACGUCAAGGGCUCUUACACGGGCAACUUCACCGCGUCUCUUCAGUCGGCCAAUGGAGAUGUCUUCGCUUCCACUCAGAUUGUUUCGGACAGUCGCGCGGAGGACUGGAUGCAGCACACUUUCACCUUACACCCGGACAGAAAAGCUGACAAUACAAGCAACCACUUUGUACUGACGUUUGAUGCCUCUCAAGCGGAAGGCGGUGCGCUUGACUUCAAUCUGAUCAGCUUGUUUCCACCGACCUGGAAUGACCGCCCUAAUGGUAUGCGACGGGAUUUGAUGAAGGCCCUGCAAGAACUUGGACCGAAAUUCCUUCGCUUCCCGGGUGGAAAUAACCUCGAGGGUCAAACCAUUGCCGAUCGGUGGAAGUGGAAUGAGACCAUUGGGCCACUGAAGGACCGCCCAGGUCGUGCCACUACCUGGGGAUAUGAAGAGACCAGCGGCAUGGGUCUUGUGGAGUACAUGGAAUGGUGUGAUGACCUGAACAUGGAGCCAAUCCUUGCCGUGUGGGGUGGCUUUGCGCUGAACGGCGAGGCUGUCCCCGAGGCCGAAAUUGGAUUCUACGUGCAGGAUGCCUUGGAUGAGCUCGAGUUCCUGACAGGCUCGACUGACACCAAGUACGGUGCUCUUCGCGCCAAAUAUGGCCACCCUGAGCCGUGGAAGAUUCGUUUUGUAGAGGUGGGAAAUGAGGACAAUCUAAACGGCGGCUUGGACACAUACCUGUCCUACCGAUUUUCCGCUUUUUAUGAUGCUAUUACCGCCAAGUAUCCCGAAAUCCAGGUGGUUGCCUCCACGAUCAAUAUGACUCUCCCUGGAACCGCGGGUGGUGAUUACCACACAUACGACAUUCCGGACAAUUUUGUUUCAAACUUUGGCAAGUUUGACAAUUACACCCGCGAGCACCCAAUCUUGCUAGGCGAGAUUGCGGUGACCGAGUUCAACAACGAGGAGAAGGGCAUUAAUUGGACCGACAAACAUUUCACACUUUAUCCCUUCUGGUUGGGCUCCGUCGCCGAGGCUGUCUUCCUCUUGGGUGCUGAGCGUAAUGCUGAUCUGAUCAUUGGCACUACCUAUGCCCCAUUCCUGAUGAACCUCGACAGCUAUGAAUGGUCGCCCACCAUGAUUGGCUUCAACUCCGAUCCCGACAAAACGUCCAAGUCCACCAGCUGGCACGUUUACAAGCUCUUCAACGACCACCACAUGACUCACACCUUGCCCGCCACGUCCGACAGUGACUUUGGACCUCUUUACUACGCCACCGGCAUGAACAACCAGACGAACGCGCACAUCUUCAAGGCUGCCGUCUACAAUAGCACCGAGGCCGUCCCGGUCUCACUUUCAUUCGAGGGUAUCGGGCGAGGCGCGAUGGCUGAACUGACCAUUCUCACUGCGCCCAACGAAGUCGCCAUGAACGGGGUCGACGGCGCCAAUAUUGUCAAGACCAAGACGACCAAGAUCAAAGCCGGGAAGCAAGGUAUCUUUAGUUUCAAGCUGCCCAGCCUUAGUGUGGCCGUGCUGGAGACCCGGUGA